AUGUUGCUGGGAACGUGGGAGCGCGGGCACGGCGGGCACGGGCCGGGCCACGAGACCGGGCGGGGGCAGCGCGGGGGGGCCCGGGGCCGUUCCAGAAAGCUCCGGGAGCGGGGCGGGACCGGGAGCGGGGAGGGACGGGAGCGGGACCGGGAGCUGCGGGAGAGGGACCGGGAGAGGGAGCGGGAGCUGCGGGAGCGGAGCGGGAGCGGGACGGGAGCUGCGGGAGAGGGAGCGGAGGGACGGGAGCAGAGGGAGCGGAGCGGGAGCGGGACGGGAGCGGAGGGACGGGAGCUGCGGGAGUGGGAGCGGGAGAGGGACGGGAGCGGGAGCGGGGCGGGACGGGAACAGGAGCGAGAGCUCCGGGAGCAGAGUGGGACGGGAGCGGGAGCGGGACAGGAGCUCCGGGAGCUGCGGGAGCGGAGCGGGACGGGAGCAGCGGGAGAGGGACGGGAGCGGGACGGGAGCUCCGGGAGCGGGACGGGAGCUCCGGGAGCGGGGCGGAACGGGUGA